AUGAACGCCUUAUUGCUCGUCUUGGCCACAGUAGUGGUCUGCUUAAAUGCCAGUCCUUACGUACCAAGACCUGCAAGGGACAGUUCAUAUGCAUCGGAUCUCACAUGCAAAAUUGUGAACGACCAAAUUUACGUUAAUGGAGUACCGAGAGGCAGAAUGACACCAGCACAGAAGGAAGAGCUUAAAUUGUACAACCAAAGAAUGCGUGACUGGUCACUUCAAGUUCACGAUCAAGUGCACCAUCACAUUGAAAGUGCAGCAGAUUCCGACUCACAUCGAGCCAUAAUUACUGCCGGAUCCAGUAGGCAAGAGGGUGCCAGGUCUGUUUAUCAGCAUAGCAGAAGCAGUACAAGUUAUGUUAAGCAGCAAGGCCCAUCCCGUGGAAGUGACUACAAUCCGGAUGACCAAUUUCAGGAAAUGGCUCAGCCAAGAUCUUCCUAUAUUACAACUGAAAUUCACCAAGUGAAAUUCCCAGAACCCCCCUCAUUUUGUAGACUGUAA